AAUUCUGCCUCUGGGAUUGUAUUAAUCAUGCUUCAUUCACUCCAGCUAGUAACCCAUAUAAAAACUCGGUAGUUCAACAAGUUGGACUCUGGAGCAGCCAUUCCUCCAGUCUGCUCUCCGUUCCCUGUCUGGGGUUAAUGCACAGUGUCUGAGUCACUCUGGAGCGUAAGAAGACAUCAGUGCUCAGUUCAGAAGGUGAGCACUAGAGACAGAGAGGACCUCAGCUCUGAACCUGCCAGAAGCAAAGAUGGAGCAAGCCAGCCUCGCCAUGAAAACACCCAGCAGUGUCAUCAAGUGCCGGGCAGCUGUUGCCUGGACAACCAAUGCUCCCCUUUCCAUUGAGGAGGUUGAAGUUGAUCCACCAAAGGCCGGUGAAGUCCGAAUUAAGAUUAUAUCCUCUGGAGUCUGUGGUACCGAUAACCACAUCCUGGAAGGGAAAGACAAAGUGCCACUUCCUGCCAUCCUGGGCCAUGAGGGAGCUGGGCUUGUGGAGAGUGUCGGGCAAGGUGUAACAACCGUAAAGCCAGGAGAUAAAGUUUUAAUGUUUCCUCUUCCAGAGUGUAGAGAAUGCAGCUACUGCCUGCACCCGAAGGGAAACCUCUGUGAGAAAGAGAAUAUUCUCUCUCCGACGGGAUUAAUGUUGGAUGGAACCAGCAGAUUUACCUGCAGAGGGAAGAAACUCUAUCAUCUUUAUGGGACCAGCACCUUCACGGAGUAUACUGUGGUGGAUGAAAUUGCCGUGGCCAAGAUCGAUGAUGCUGCUCCCAUGGAUAAAGUCUGUGUCCUGAGCUGUGAGGUGCCAACAGGCUUUGGAGCUGUGUUUAAUACAGCACAGGUCACCCCUGGCUCCACCUGCCUGGUUUUUGGACUUGGAGGGAUCGGCUCUGCCAUUGUCAUGGCCUGCAAAGCUUCUGGUGCUUCUAGAAUCAUCGGGGUUGACAUCAAUGAGCAGAAGUUUCGCCGGGCAAGAGCCUUGGGCGUCACUGAUUGUCUCAACCCUAGGAAGCUCCAGAAGCCUGUCCAGGACGUGGUGAUGGAAAUGACGGGUGUGGGUGUUGACUUUGCCUUUGAGGCCAUCGGGCUCAUUGAAACCAUGGUCUCAGCGUUGAAGUCCUGCAACAUGAGCUAUGGAGUGUGUGUGAUUAUGGGAGUCGCUCCAACAGGUUCACAGCUUUCCUUUGACCCAAUGGUGCUUCUGCCAGGGAGAACCUUGAAAUCUUCUAUUAUGGGAGCAUCCGCUGUGUCCUCUCGCUCUGAGAUCCUGACGAUGUGGCGCACUAGGAUCCUCAGCAGGGCUCUUCGGUGCUUCUUUACCUCCUUGAAGAUCAAAAUUGGAAAGACACACAUACGCAAUGUUAACAAAUUAAACUGUUAAAGAAAAUCAACUAUUUUUCUCUGCUCCCCUCCCUUCAUCCCCUUUCUCCUUCACCCUCUCCUGUGCUGUGGAAUAAUCUUUUUGUACACUGUGAAGACAUGUUGUUCUCAUUGCUUCAAUAAAGAGCUAACUGAUCAAUAGGUAGGCAUGAAGAGGUUAAACGGGAGAACCAGCCUGGGACAACACUGGGAGGAAGAAGAGAGGGGUUGCCCGGAGACCUGGAGAGAAGUGAGAAAGCCAAGAAAAUAUCAUGACAGGCUCCAAAUAAGUUAGUUAAAAUAUAGGCCCCAGUUCCUGCUUCUUGCAACUGAGCAGGCUGUUUCUGAGGAAGCCAUGAACAAAGGACAAUCAAUCUUUAAGACCCCAACAGCAGCUCAAGGUAUUCUAGGCCUGAGCCAGCCGCCCCCGACAG